UCUCUGUUUGGUUGCCAAGAAAAUCAACCGAAAAGAAAAGAAAAACUCAGGAAAAUGGUCUAAACAAAAAGUCUUUCAAUUUCUCCUCCUCCAUUACUGACGGGCCGAAAGCACAAAAAUGUCCGACCAAAACGAGCCUCAGCAGCUGUACCCAGCCGCAAAGAGUUCAAAGUCGCCGCCACGGCCACCGAAACCCGCCGCUUUCUCCGCCAAUCUCAACUCCGACCCUCCCGAAACAGACGGCGCAGCUCCCUCCACGUGUCAGCACCACCACACCUCCCCAGUCUUCUCUUUGCUUCCCCCUUACCCGAAAUCCUCCGACGGGCAAUCAGCAGUCAACGAAAGCAUCGAAGCCGAAGGCAAACGCUUGAGCAAGCUGGGAAAAAGCAGGUCGAGGAAUUGCAAGGUGGACUGUGCAAUGGAUGAUGGAGCUGAUGCUGCCGAUGGGUAUCUUCCUGGUCAAGGAAUUUCGUCGUCUCGUGAAGAAAAAGUCAGCAGCCUCAAAACUGGUUUGGUUCAUGUGGCGAGGCGGAUGCCCAAAAAUGCCCAUGCUCAUUUUAUACUGGGUUUGAUGUAUCAGAGGUUGGGGCAGCCUUCGAAGGCAGUUUUGGCAUAUGAGAAGGCGGAAGAGAUUUUGCUCCGCCCUGAUGCGGAGAUCGACAGGCGCGAGCUCCUUUCACUAGUUCAAAUUCAUCAUGCGCAGUGCCUUAUGCUAGAAACUUUGGGGGAUGGUAGUUUCGACAAAGAACUUGAACCUCAAGAGCUUGACGAAAUUAAUUCCAAACUAAAGGAAUCAAUGCAAUCAGAUGUAAGACAGGCAGCUCUGUGGAAUACCCUCGGCUUGAUACUACUUAAGACUGGUCGUCUGCAGAGUGCAAUUGCAGUUUUAUCAUCUCUGUUAGCUGUUGCCCCCGACAACUAUGAUUGUCUUGGAAACCUUGGGAUUGCUUACCUUCAAAAUGGAAAUUUGGAACUUUCAGAAAAAUGUUUUCAGGAGUUGAUACUCAAAGAUCAAAAUCAUCCUGCGGCCUUAAUUAAUUACGCUGCCCUCCUUUUAUGUAGAUAUGGUUCGGUUGUUGCAGGUGCUGGGGCAAAUGCUGGUGAAGGUGCUUCUGCAGAUCAUACUUCUGCUGUCAAUGUCGCGAAGGAGUGUUUGUUUGCAUCACUAAAAGAAGAUCCUAAAGCAGCACAUGUGUGGGCUAAUCUUGCUAAUGCAUAUUAUAUGACCGGUGAUCAUAGAAAUUCCAGCAAGUGCUUGGAGAAGGCGGCAAAACUGGAGGUCAAUUGUUGUAUGUCUACUCGAUAUGCUGUUGCAGUUCACCGAAUCAAGGAUGCAGAAAGGUUUCAAGACCCUAGUGACCAAAUUUCCUUGGCAGGAAAUGAAAUGGCUUCAAUUAUAAGAGAUGGAGAUUCUGUCUCGGUUGAACUUCCCAUAGCAUGGGCAGGCCUUGCGAUGGUGCACAAAGCCCAACAUGAGAUCGCAUCAGCAUUUGAAGCUGAACAGAAUACCUUAAUGGAGGUAGAAGAGCAUGCUGAUUAUAGUUUAAAGCAGGCGGUAGCAGAGGAUCCAGAUGAUGCUGUGCAAUGGCACCAGCUUGGUCUCCAUAGCUUAUGUACUCGGCAAUUCAAAAACUCGCAAAAGUACCUCAAAGCUGCAGUUGCCCGUUUUAAAGAGUGCAGCUAUGCAUGGUCAAAUCUAGGUAUCUCACUGCAACUAUCAGAUGAGCCAUCGCAAGCUGAAGAAGUUUACAAGCGGGCUUUAGAAUUGGCAACAACUAAACACGCCCACACUAUAUUCUCCAACCUCGGAAAUCUCUACCGCCAGCAGAAGCACCACGAACGUGCCAAAGCAAUGUUUACAAAGUCUCUAGAGCUCCAGCCUGGCUAUGCUCCCGCAUUUAACAACUUGGGUCUCGUAUUUGUUGCCGAGGGUCAGUGGGAGGAAGCCAAAUUCUGCUUUGACAAAGCCCUCCGGGCAGACCCGUUGCUGGAUGCUGCCAAGUCCAACAUGCUUAAAGCGGUGUCUGCAUCAAGUUCAUCUGCAGGCCUGUCCUCUAGUCUUCUUCAAGAUUAAUUUGUAUUUUGUAAGCAAGUGUAAGGGGUAGGUAUGGUUUCCUCAGUCAUGGUUUAGAAUUGUAAAACCGUAUUAACUUACGAAGUUACGAAAAAACGAGGAGAAGCCUUCCUCUGUAUUUAGAGGGUAGAGCUGAUCUUCCGGUCCGAUGCUCCGUUGUAUCUCAGUUUUGUAUCAUAAGUCAAUUUUUCAGUGCAGAAAAUUCUUGUCGAAUGCAUUGUUAGUUUCUUUC